UUGUGAUUCUUGUUAUUGUUGUGUUCAAACUUUCAAGCAUCAAUAUUGUGGCAUCGUGGCAUUAGACAGCAGUCAGUGAUUAAAAAGCAAUUUUAUCCAAUCAGACUGGACAAUGGUUUCUCUAGCAUGCUUCAGACUGGAAAAUAAAUUUGAAGACAAAGAAACACAAUUAAAGCUACAGGAUGUCCAUCACAUGAUACUGGAGAACUGUGGACAGUGCUAUAGAGAUUCCUGUGGUGACUGCAAUUCAACAGAAACUCACAAAAUUUGUGUCAAGAAUAAAUGCAGGAGAGGAAAGCGUUAUCAGCCGUUUACAGCUUCAUCGUGGAGAAAAUUUGCAGCAAUUGGAGGACACUCCCUUUUUCCAAGGGAUCACAGAUUUCUCAGUCUUGGUACAAAUCAAUGCAAAGACCCACAGAAGUCUGUCAGUGAGCAGGCAUCAAACAACAAUUCUAGAUUCAUUGUGAAACUAAAAGAGUUGAAGGAAUUUUUUAAGUUAACAGAUGACAAAGUGAUCCGAGACUUUUUGAAAGCUGACAGUUGCAGAAGGAUCGCAGAUAAGUAUCUGAUUGCAAUGGUGUUUGCGUACUUUAAGAGAGCUGACUUCAAGGUCAAGGAUUAUACCAGGAUGAAUUUCUUCAUUUGUCUGUAUCUUGCCAAUGAUGUGGAAGAAGAUGAAGAGGAGAUCAAGUAUGAGAUAUUUCCUUGGGUUUUUGGAAAGAAGUGGAAAGACAAGUGUGUUAGCUUUCUCAAAAUGCGAGACCUUUUUCUACGGAGAAUAGACUACAAAGCUAUCAUCAGUCGCAAAUGCUGUGAUGAGAUCAUGGCGAUAGAGCCAGACAACUCAGUUUGGAAGCGAGAGCGACCCCUUCAUCAUGGGGGUGCAUUCCGGAGUUACAUGAAGAGUCCUGACGAUGACGGCUGGCCUCGCGGUCCAAAGGGAAGUCCCAGAUUCUGCUCGGAAUGCAAUGCUCCUGACAGCCAGUAUGACUCGGCCAGCACUACGAGUACGUGUUGGUACGUCUCGUCCAGAGAUAGCUCACCAAACAACUCCUCCGCACCGAGUUCAACGGGAGACUCCAGUGAUGCUCUCCAAGUCCAAGAUCUGAGACGAACAUUGCCCAAAGAUGUGAAUGAUGACGUAUGGCCAACGGCUGAGGAGUGACAGCUCAACUCUGACAUGCAUCCACUGGUCUCUAGAGCAAGCCUCUGUUAAUCCCUUGAUUGACAGAGAAAUUUUAGUAUUUAAACAGGGUGUUGCAAUUAAAAGUGAAAAUUGUCUGUCUUUUUGUUUCCAUGUUGGAGUAUUUUGUUCUCUCUGUUCCAAAAGAAGUUCAAUAGGUUUUAUUGAUUAUGAAGUGGUCACUGAGAUAAGAAAAAGGGGCUCUCCGCAAGUUCUUUGAAAUGCCACAACUUUUACUGUACUCAUACCGAGACCAUUAUAUAUUUAAUUGUGACCGCAGAGUAGCUCGUACAUCCUUCUGAGUUGUAAAUGGUCCGUGGACCCAAAAUGAGACUUGACACUUCUCAUUUGGGUCUGUAAUAAGUGUUGUCAUGACAGCUGAUGGACAAUAAACUGUACUACAUCAAAG